GCGCGCGCGCGCGCACACACACACGGGAUGAGCGGCCAGACGGUCCCAGCGUGCGUCUACACCCGCACAACUGCUUUCCCGCCCUCCUGUGGGGGCCCAGGCUCAGUUCCCUCACCUGUCCGCUCCCCCAGGACCCAGGACUUGCGGGCAUGCAGCCACCAGCCAGGGCUAGGUCGGGGUUGGGGGCAGCGACCCGCCAAAGCCACCUCCUGCGGUGGCAACACCCCAAGGGGUCGACCCCGCCUGGAGCCCCCACACCCCCCUGGUUGCCCCCCCCUUCCCUACCCCUGGAUCUGGAUGCCGCCCCCCUCCCCUCUACCCGGCUCUGACCACUAGCGAGGCCACCACCAGAGAGGAGACAUGGAUGCCUUGGGACUUGCCAGAAACCUCCAGGAGGCGGCCACAUGCUCCAUCUGCCUCGACUACUUCACGGAUCCCGUGAUGACCACCUGUGGCCACAACUUCUGCCGCGAGUGCAUCCGGCUAACCUGGGAGAAGGCCAAAGGCAGGAAGGGGGGCAGGAAGUGGAGGCGCUCCUUCCCCUGCCCCGAGUGCCGCGAGCUGUCGCCCCAGAGGAACUUGCGGCCCAACCGCGGGCUGACCCAGGUGGCUGAGAUGGUGCGGCAGCACCCAGCCUUCCAGAGCCGGGACCUGUGCGGUGUGCACCAGGAGCUGCUCAGACUCUUCUGUGAGGAUGACCAGAGCCCCAUCUGUGUCGUCUGCAGCGAGUCCUGGGAGAACCGGCCCCAUAGGGUGGUCCCUAUCGAGGAGGCGGUGCAGGAGUACAAGUUGAAGUUGGAGGCGGACAUGGGGUACCUUCGGGAGGAGAUGAUGAAGUUGGGGAAGCUGCAGGCCAGGGAGAAACAGACCUUGGCCGAGUGGCAGGUGAAGGUGAAUGAGCACAGGCAGUGCAUCCUGCUGGAGUUUGAGAAGAUGGGCCUCCUCCUGCUUGAGAAGGAGCAGUGCCUCCUCCAGGCCCUGAAGCAGGAGGACGAGGUAGUGGCCGGGCUGCGGGAGAGCACAGCCACACUGGAGAAGCAGAGCCAUGCCCUGGAGAGGCUCCUGCUGACACUGGAAGACAGGGACGAGCACACACCCCUGCAGAUGCUGCAGGACAUGAAGGAGCUCCUGAGCAGGAAGAACAGCCUGAGUGUUCAGUACCCGGAGGCCACCCCUACCGUGCUGAGGACGGUCUGCAGGGUCCCCAGGCAGAUAGAGGUGCUCAAGAGUUUUCAAGAGGAUGUGGUGCCCGACCCCGCCACCGCAUACCCCUACUUCCUCUUGUACGAGAGCCGCCAGAAGCGCCACCUGACUACUCCACUGGAGGGCGCGCCCCACGGCAAGGACAGAUUCCUGGCCUACCCUAGCGCGGUGGGCCGGGAGACCUUCUCCUCGGGAAGGCACUACUGGGAGGUGGGCAUGAACCUCACCGGUGACGCACUCUGGGCGCUGGGCGUGUGCAGGGACAACGUGAGCCGCAGGGACAGGGUCCCCAAGUCCCCUGAAAACGGGUUCUGGGUGGUGCAGCUGUGCAAGGAAAAGAAGUACCUGCCGGUCACAUCUGCCCCGACCCCUGUCACGCUGGCCGAGCCCCCCAGCCACAUAGGGGUCUUCCUGGACUUCGAGGCAGGGGACAUGUCCUUCUACAACCUGAAGGAUGGGUCCCACCUGCACACCUACACCCAGCCUGAACUCUCCGGCCCCCUGCAAACUUUCUUCUGCCUCGGGGCCCUCAAAUCAGGCCAGAUGGUCAUCUCUACAGUGACCUUGUGGGUGAAGGGAUAGGGGUAGAGGCUGGGGCAGUGAGGGUGGCCCUGGUUUCACGGGAAGGUGAGGUGGCCCAGCUCAGCGCAGGCCACCUGCCAGGCUUACCUCUGGCGGUUUCACAAAGAUGAAAUAUAAUCCCGAUUAAAGCAGUUAAAUGUUAAGAGAGUAUAUUCACACGUGUUUCAUAAAGGAAACUCUGAAAAGCC